AUGGAUGAUCCUUCUAGUCUGACGCAAGGCGAUCCUUGGUUUCAAGACGGAAACAUCAUUCUAGUUUCUCGCGACGAGUCAGGAUCUUCUGAGUUACCCGAGAGACCACCGGUCGGCUUCCGGGUCCAUAGAGGCGUUCUGUCUCGUCACUCCGAGGUCUUGAGGGAUAUGUUCGAGCUUCCGCAACCAGACACCAUGUACGAUAACGAUAACGAUGCUUCCCGGUAUGAAGGAUGCCAGGUUAUAACCAUGUAUGAUAUACCCAUAGAGCUUUCAAAUCUGGUCAAGGCAUUGUACGAUGGGGUAACUUUCCAUAACCGUUCAGUAGACGACUUUUUCUACCUUGCUGGCAUCUUACGUCUCUCCACCAAAUAUGUUAUUAGCCAUCUUCGUACUCAGGCAAUAAAACAUCUGACUCAAACAUGGUCAUACGAUCUUAAAGGCCACGACAACAUGCUCGAUCUAGCGAUCCGUACUCCCCAAUUAUCUUACUCGUCGGACCCUAACACCCCAUCCAAAUUAAGCUAUCCUUAUAUUCACCCCAUACACGUUCUAAACCUCGCACGUUCUACAAAUGUUCGCAUCGUCGUGCCCUCCGCACUGUACUUCCUAUCUUUGUAUCCUUUAACCGACCUACUUCGUGCAGACCACCCCAAGCUUCAGGUCGCACACCCAUCUAAGCCUAGCUCUUCUCUGCAACCGUCCGAUUUGGUUAACUAUACACUGAUAUGCACAAAUGGCACCGGGAGAACAUGCACGAGGAACUUUCAACGUCUUGGUAUGAGGUUGGCGAGUUCUUGGGUUGUGAGGACAGGUCCGUUCAACUUUAUUGGACAAACUAUGUCGCAAGUGAGCCAGAAUACUGAAGGCUUUUGCGCGGCAUGUCGAGGAGAUUUUGCGACGGACGUGGGCGCGUUCAGACAGAAAUUCUGGGAUGAUCUACCGGCGGUGUGUGGAUUGCCAGCAUGGGAUGUCAUGAGAGAGGAGGAAUUGUCGUAAACUCUGCAAGCUUAGGGAAGUUUGCCUUGACUUUCGCUGACAAGACUAAUAUAUUAUUCUCUCUAUUAUAUGCCGUCUAGUAUAACGACGUUGUAAGGCAGAAACGCUUAGUUAUGCCCUUACAUGCCCUUCGGUCAAUAUAGAUACUUGACCUACCCUUACACUCCUCUGCACUCCUGUUGUUUCAAUGUUUUCUCCGUCGGUACCUCGUCGGUACAUACUCCCGUCGCUCUUGGACGGCCAUCGAAGUAAUAUAUAUACCUUGUAAGUUAGUAAAGUACCUGGAGUCGCCCAUCCUAUUCUACCUUCGGUUGGCAGCUUUUUUUCUAUAACGCUGGUUCGGUAGGUUGAAAUUUCUUUGGACUUGCCAUACUUAAUCUUCAUGCACACGAUUCACCGGCACCUCUCAGUUAUAAUUCUUUUUCCAACACAGUCACAAUACAUCCAAGUCGAUUGGGACACCGGUUUGCAGGUCAAAUUGAAGUUCGUGACUAUU